AGUGGGAGGCGCCAUCCUAAACUGUGGUUCCACCCCUGUUCUGGUCCGACCGUGCAACCGGUGCAACUGAGGGGGUUCGGGGGUUAACAGUUGACUACGCUUCAAUCGGCUGAAACUGAUUGCGUGAGCUUUGGGCUUCAUCAUGACUUUCACCACCUGAAGAGACGGGCAGGCACUCCUCGGCCCAUGUGGGAUCAGCUCCAGCUCUGGUCCUUUGUUACGACUUACUCCACCUGAAGAGAUGGGCAGGCACUCUUCGGCCAUGUGCGACCGACCCCAGACCUGCUAACUUCACGACCAUGGAGUCUGUCACAGACGAUAAAUCUCCAUCGAGUGAGGUUGAAAUCCUACGCGCCAACCUGUCUGAUGAUGUCGCCGCUGGUCAGUGGGUGGAGGACUAUGGGCUCCGCACAAACACAUCUUGGAUUGUCGACUUCAUCAAAUCAACGUACAGAUGCCAAAGAAUGGUGUUUCAUAAGACAUGGAGGUGCAGCCAACGCAAGCGAAGUAAGGUGCGGGGGAACCCCGGCGCAGACUGCCCAGCCAAAAUCGACAUCAAAAUCAAGAAGAUAACCAAGAACACCAAGAAGACGGACCCGUUGUUACGAGGAGACAUGCCACUGCCUGCCGUGAUCAAGCUGAUCCACCAAGAAGGCCACACUCACAGCACGGACCCUGCAGAUGCACCUCGUCGCCUUCGUCCUUUGACUGAGACUAAGCGCACAUUCCAGGACUACUUUCAUAACGGGAUGUGUCCAGCUGAGGCGAUCAGGCUGCACGAGAGCAAACUUUUGGUGCAAGAGGGAGGUUACGCUCUGCUUGCCAAUGGCGCUGUCAACCCCUUGCCGUCAUCAGUGUACUACUGGUUCAGACUGUGGCGUGACCAGUGCUUGAGCAAAGACGUGGACCCGUUGAAGAAACUUCUUCAAAAGAUGACACCAGCGUAUCCAGAACAAGGCCUUGGAUGCCAGACUUCGAAAGAGACAAGCCAUCUUACAAAAACCGUUGAGGACACCUGGUUCAGCUGCUGUUUCUGCGGCCAUGCUUCGAGGGAUCAGCGUGGCAUAAUCGGCCACCUCAUCGCCCAUUCUGGAGAUCAAUUAACUAUCUUGGCGCCCGCACUGCGUGGGCCCUUUUCCGAGAAGGCGAAACUGGAGUCAACCCACCGUGACUCAAAACCACCGUGACUCACAACAGUGGAGCAUCUUUUGCGUGUCCAACAUGUCCUGCAGCAUUGUUCACAAACAACAGACUUUGGCAGUCGCGCUCGUAAGUAUGCUAGGGAGACGCAGUGCAAGUGCCACCUCUGUUCCAUGUCGUUCAGUCUACAGUGUGCACCGAGUUACGCGUCCGAAGGCAUGCACGUCAAAGGCCUUCUGAGUGUGCCACUAAUUUGAUGGCCUUAUCUCAAAUGGGGCCGGCCCAGCCUGGCACACGAGGACACACAUCGCGGACGGGCCUUUUAAGUGCCAGGAAGUUUGUAAAUCAUUUGUUCAGAAAUCCACCCUCUUCGGCACAUUGAAUGCACAUGCGAAGCCUUACGAGAACCCACAGUGCUCUAAAUCACUAACCUGCAGUUAAAAGUGCAUGGACAAAAGGCCUUAGCAGGGCCAGUGACAUAAGGCAGGGGUUCUCAAACUUUUCGGUCUCAAGGAGUGAAAAUCUCUCGAUCAUUAGCCACGAGACCCCUCCUUUUCUCGGCACUGAUGCAAUAAUUCAGUGCAGAAGCCUACAGGCCUUAUAAACGGCAAUGCACACAUUAGGGAGUGUUUGACUGAUACAUGUGCAUCUAUGGAUGGCUGAGACCUAAUAGAACAGUACUUAAACUGAAGGUUCACUUAGGGGGGAGGGUCAGCCGAGGAAAUUUAGGAGCUCUCUGAAACCCUGGGCUUUCAUAAUUUGUUUCGGGUUAAUAAAAGUUAUACAAGCUCCUCCCGCGGAGCUUUCUGCUGAUCUCCACUCACUUCCUCUCCAGUGAUCUCUCUGCUAAAGUGGAAAGGGUGGAGACUUUUGUGGGGAGGUUUGAAAAGCCAGUGUCCUAAGGUACUUGUUUAUUUGGCAUUAGUUUUAGCAGCGGUGUCCGCAUCUCAAAGUUUAGUUGGAGUUUUUCUUCGGUUAGGAGGCAGCAUUAACAAUAAACCCUUCGGUGCAGCAAGCCUCAAGUUCUGGACUUGAAUGAGCUCUGUGACUCACAAAAAGGUUUUGUCGAACGGCCAUAUCAAUGUGUUGUCUCGCAUCAAACAUUCUCUUAGUCACGCUAAGGCCAGUUCACAUAAGCAAUGCAGUGCUAUCUCGGUACUUAAUAAACACUAUAGACUUAGUGCUGUCUUGAACAUUAUUAGUAGUGAUGCUUCGUUGUAACAGCACCGUACACUGGUGCAGCGCAAAGCCAGCACUGCUGCAUCAGUGCUCAGGUCAGUGAAAUUUCCAGUACUGACUUCGUGCUGUGCUGUAUUUGUCGGGAGGCCUUUAGGGGACAUUGAGGAACAAUAAAUGUGUAGUCGAACUUUG